AUGACCGAGGCCAAAGUAAUAUCCUCUCUCUCUGGUACAAGUGUCGCGCCGCAGCUGUUGGGGGUUCUGGAGCAGGGCGUCCUGGAGAGGGAAUACAGUCUUGUCCUGGAAGACUGCACAGGCGUCAUCUCGCUCCAGGACCUCCUUCAGUCUGGAUACUUCGUCUCCAGAUCCGGUUGGACAAACAUCUGCCUGUCCCUGUCCAGCCACCUGAAGACCCUCCACAGCCGCAGUGUCCUUCACAACAACAUCUGCUCCAGCAACAUCAUCAUCAACAAGGACACGCUGGAGGUGAAGCUGGUUGGCUUUGGACAGGCGUCCUUCGGGAAGAGAUUCAAGCUGCCCAGCGCUACACGCCACCAACCUGGACUUGCUCCAGAGGUGAGGCUGGGCUGUGUCACCUCCCCACAGGCAGAUGUUUAUGCUUUGCGCUGUCCUGGGUGA